AUGAGGGGGGCUCAAGUGCUGACGCCGCCUGCUUCUCACACCGACUUGGGGCACCAUGUAAAGUGCGUCGUCAUUAUUUCGAAGAACAAUGCGCCAUUAUACCUGCGUGCUAUCGAGCCCACGGACGCUGUGGCCAAAUGGCACUUUUUGGCUCAUAGUGCGUUGGAUGUGGUGGAAGAACACGUGAGGCUGCAUACGAAUCCGUACCUGGGUCAUCUGCUGUCCAUCGAAGAUUGGGCUAUCUAUGGAUACCAAUCUCCAUCCCAGAUCAAGAUUAUGCUCAUGUUGGAGCAAUUGAACGAGCCAUUUCCCGAUGACCAAGUACAGAUUCUAUGCAAGGCCGUACAUGCCACCUACCUCUCUUACCUGUCCAACCCAUUUUUAGGCUACGAAAAGCCUGAUGCAUCCCGCCUCAUACCCAUGAAUACGGACCCCAGCAACGCGCCGAUCACAGAUGCCCACUUUGACAGACGAAUUCUCCAGAUCCUAGGUUUGUAA